AAUUGCCUUUGCAGAUUGAUGGAUCAAGAGUGGAAGUUGGUGAACUACUACUGUUGCCAGAGAUCUUCUGCAGAAUCAAUCAACUCGAUCUUCCACCAACCAUCGAUCUCAUACUCUGCCUUAGCAACUGGUGGUGAGUGACUCGAUUUAGCUAACAGGCCUCCAGAUCACCGUCAAAGUUGCAGAAAUCAUGAGCAUAGCAUUCCAUAGCUGACAGGCGACCACCAUGGUGGUGAACACGCUC